AUGUCCUGGACACCUCAGUCAUCGACGAGACCAGUGACCACCGAGGAGGCCAUGGCGAACGCGAGGAGGCUGGCCAAGGAAGAGGGCCUGCUUGUGGGCAUUUCUUCCGGAGCAAACCUGGCAGCUUGCUUGAAGGUCGCUUCGAGAGAAGACAAGGGUAAGAUGAUUGUCACCGUGUUCCCGAGUGGUGGCGAGAGAUACAUGAACUCCGACCUGUUUGCAGAUGUGCGAGAGGAGUGUAUUGCCAUGACAUUUUGA